GUUUCCUUUAAGCCACCUGGAGGAGGAGGAGGAGAAGGGCGUGGAGGACCGGAAGUAGCUGCCUUGGAAAAACAAAACAGCGGCAACAGCAGCUGCAGCAGCUGACUCUCCUUUCUUGCCUGCCUUCCCUGCCAUGGCAGGAGUCUCUUCUGCUGGAAGGCUGGACAAUGGGUCUCUGGAAAUAACUCAGAGUACGGAUGAUGACCCUCUGCUUGAUGCUCCUCUCCUUCCACACCAUGCAUUGCAUUCCAGAUUGCGUCCAAGGUUCCAUGCAAUCCCUACAGUCUGCGUUGCCAAUGUUUUGUUGUUUUUACAUGUUGCUUUUGUUGUUUUGGCUUUCGUGGCAGGUAUGUGUUGUUCUUACUCUGAGCCAGGUGAUGAUGUCUGCCCUGGAGGCUACACUAAUCCAUUGAAACUACAGAGUGUUAUCAUCAUUGCAAAGGUGAUCCUCUGGAUCCUCCAUGUCUUCCUGGAACGAUAUAUUCACUUUCAGCACAGCAAGGUCAGAAGCAAAGGCUAUCUUCUAAUCUACCGAACCACAAGACAUCUUAAAAGGCUGCCUCUACUAAUUCAGUCUACUGGUAACGCAGCUUUAUUGCUGAUAAUGGCAGCCCAGCAUUCUUUUCCUAAACACAAUAAACUGUACCUUUGCUUCAUCCUUGGAAUCUUGACUGCGGAGCUAAUACUUUCACUGAUAUGCCUUGUUAUCUACACAGUGAAGGUAAGCAACUUUAAUCGAGCAAAACCAAGACCAGAUAUAAUAGAAGAGGAAAAGUUGUAUACUUACCCUAAUCGAAUUACCUCCGAAAUUGGAUUCAGGGACACCUCAAGCUUGGAAGAAAUAGUUGAAAAACAAGGAGAUGUGAUUGAGUACCUUCAACGACACAAUGCCCUACUUAGUAAGAGACUGCUGGCAUUAACAUCCCAGCAGGGCAGAAGCUAAUGAUGGCCAGAAAGCACUUGGCUGAAGGAUGUAUGAAAUGCUGGAACAACUUAAAUAUUAAUUCUUCUUCUGGAAGCAGAAUAUGUUCCUUUUGUAAGUUGAACUGCAGUCCACUAGCCCAGGUUCUGAACAAUUGCUGGAUCUUUCCUGGCUUGGUGCUUCUUUUUUUAAAAGGACAUAUAUUUUAAAGAGAAUAUUCCCUAAAAACCCUGUAUUACAGGAAACCGACAUUGACCAGAGAAAAUUUCUCCUCCUCAGUCAGUUGACAAUGGUUCUUGCACUUUUCAAGCUAAAACUAUUGCAAAUUACCAAAGAUUUUUGUGAUAGUUCGGGAUUAAUUUCUUUUCCAAACCAAUAUGAAGUUAGAUGUCCUGGUAUAUCAGAAGAUGAAUAUUGUCUGUAUUUGUAUUGCAGUUGAUGUGAUAAUCAUGUAAAUGUCUAAAUAAAGGAUUAAGGAUUA